AGAUUGUUUUGCAAGACAAUGUCAUUGAUGGGAUUCUUGUGUCACAACUGUAUUGUUUCGGCAUGGAACAUAUCUCUUCUCAAUUCUUCCACUUGCGCUCGUUUAUCCAAAAGUUUUCGUUCUUGGCAGAUAAGACACCAAACUCGAAUAAAGACUUGCUUUCCAAAACAGUGGGUUUGCUGUCAAUCACCGGUUGAUCCAGCAAGACCUCGGUUUCGUAUCAGGGAAGAGGAAGAUAAUUCACCGAAGCAGCUCCAAGAAGAUGAAAUAGAAUCAAUCAAUAGUCAGUUGAAAAAGGAGAUUGAAGAGACACGAAGAAGACUUGGGCUUGAAGAGAAAUCUGGAAAGCCAAGAAAAGAACUGUUGGAAACGGACAAAGUGGAAGAUGUGUCCCUGUGGAACAUUUUGAUUGCAAGUGUUAUUGCUAGUUUGUUGGCAGUUUCACUCGAUAUGUUUGCUUUGAAAGUUUACAGUUACGUUGGCUCACAUCCUAGGUCGCAAACUGAUAUGUAUAUCGUUGAGAGACUGAGUGGUGUAAUACGUUUGGUACUUGUCGGUUUCUCUUCACUUGCAGGUGGUAUUGUAUCUAUUGUUGCGUUAGGCUUGUGCUUGCUUUUCUUACAGACAAGCUUGAAAAAGUUGAUGGGUUUAUUUUCUUCAUAAACAGGAAAGUAUUGUGGUCAGCAUAUGA